GGAACCAGCAUCUGCUAGACAGCAUUCCUCAAUUUCUGCUGCAUGUAGGCUCUCCUUCAAGUUGCCACAUCUUUUUAUACAUGGGGAAGUGGAUUGUUGGUGCUUUCAUCAACCUUUUUGGUAGCCUUGCUAUAAACUUUGGCACCAAUCUUCUUAAAUUAGGGCAUAACGAGAGAGAAAAACAUUCAGUAAUUGGAGGCGACGGGACAAGUGGAAAGCUGCCUCUUAAGCCUAUUAUACACUUUCAGAUUUGGAGAGUUGGUAUCUUACUUUUCAUUCUUGGAAAUUGCUUGAACUUCAUUUCCUUUGGAUAUGCUGCUCAGUCACUUCUUGCUGCCCUUGGAUCUGUUCAGUUUGUUUCUAACAUUGCAUUUGCUUAUUUUGUCUUGAACAAAUUGGUAACUGUCAGGGUAUUGGUUGCCACUGCCUUCAUUGUUCUUGGCAAUGUUUUUCUAGUUGCUUUUGGCAAUCACCAAUCACCUGUUUAUACACCAGAGGAGUUAGCAGAUAAAUAUACCUUAGUUUUGGUCUUAGUUAUUGCCUUGCAUCACUUCAUUUACAGGAGAGGAGAACUGCUUUCUGUAUCAGGACAUAACCUUAGACCUUAUUGGCACAUGCUUCUACCUUUCUCCUAUGCGAUAGUUUCAGGUGCUGUAGGUUCAUGUUCAGUGCUGUUUGCAAAAUCUCUGUCGAACCUCCUUCGACUUGCCAUGUCUGGCGGUUAUCAGUUACACAGCUGGUUCACAUAUUCAAUGCUUCUUUUAUUCCUCAGUACAGCUGGGUUUUGGAUGACCAGGUUGAACGAAGGACUGUCCUUGUUUGAUGCAAUCCUUAUUGUUCCCAUGUUUCAGAUAGCUUGGACUUUCUUCUCCAUCUGUACAGGAAUUAUUUACUUUCAAGAGUAUCAGGUAUUUGAUGCAUUAAGGACAACGAUGUUUAUACUAGGAAUGACUUGUGUAUUCGUCGGCAUUUCUUUGUUGGCACCUGAUGAUUCAAAAGGUGGUGAGGCCAAAGAUAGUUCUUUGGAUUCGAUGGCAACCUCUGGAAUUGCAACGGAAUCAAACAGGUUGGUAGCGACUCAGGAAGAAGCACAAAACACAGAAUCAAGAUCAUUUGUAAAAGGAACGCUGAUGAAGAUUUCAAGCAUGCUAGUCAAAGCCAAGAAUACUUGUGCAAUGUCUCUUGGGUUUGGGGAGGAUACAAUUCAGGCAUCUUCAGUUCUUGUGAUGCCAAUGAUGUCAUCGAGAAUGACCGGAUUCAGAGGUGGUGGUAUCGAGCGAGCGAGGUUUUUGUCGAUGAGAAGUUGGAGCAAGGUCCCCAAAGAGGAAGGCGAGGAAUUGCUUGGAACUAGCCACGCUCUCCCGGAGAGUCCUUGAUAGUGGUAGUUAUAGGAUAACCCAUGGCCACGAUAUUUGUUUCUUAUAGUUUGUCUUCGCCACGUUUUGUAAUAUUUGGAGGCGCUUAGAUCUAAAGCCAAUUAGAAUUCAAUUAUUUGCUCUACCGAGCAUUCAUGUAAAAUCACCCAAGAAAAAAAAUGCACCCAAAACAAGAUUGUUUCAACUUGUAUAUUGUAUAUUGCUGCUUGUAUAAUGAAAAGAAAAUAAAAUCAGAGUGA